CCAUUCCCAACGUUUGGGAACACGACCCUAAGCCGACCACCUCCUGCGGGUCUUAAUUGUCUCGCAUCCCGCCCCCUAGAAGUGGAACAUGGAAUGCAGCCAAUCACACUUCUCCGGAUCAAAAGCACGCUCCAGCAUCAGCCAAUGAGCAAUCCCUGGGGACAAGAGGACAGAGGACCAGGGCGCCCACGCUGAGAGCGGCCAGGUCACUCUGGCUCAAAUCCAGCCCUGCCGUGUGCCCGGCAGUUCGGGCUCCCUUCGGAGACUGUACCAGAACGGCCAAGGCAGGAUCGGAUCUUGCCACGGUUCUCAGAUUGGGCUCCAUCCAGUUUGAGAUCCUCCUGCCUCAGCUUCCCAGAACGCUGGGAUUACAGUUGAACAGCUUCAUGGCCCCGGCCGGCCACUGAGCCCCACCAUGGGCGCUUUCUACUCCGAGUACCUCAAUUCCAACAAGGUCCUGGAGCAUUACAAUUACACCAAAGAGACGCUGGACGUGCGGGAGACGACGUCCCGCCAGGUGGCCUCGGCCUUCAUCGUCAUCCUGUGCUGCGCCAUCGUGGUGGAGAACCUGCUGGUGCUCGUCGCCGUGGGCCGGAACAGCAAGCUGCACUCGGCCAUGUAUCUCUUCCUGGGCAACCUGGCGGCCUCCGACCUCCUGGCGGGCGUGGCCUUCAUCGCCAACACCUUGCUGUCGGGCUCCGUCACCCUGCAGCUGACGCCGGUGGAGUGGUUCGCCCGCGAGGGCUCGGCCUUCAUCACGCUGUCCGCCUCCGUCUUCAGCCUCCUGGCCAUCGCCAUCGAGCGGCACGUGGCCAUCGCCAAGGUCAAGCUGUACGGCAGCGACAAGAGCUGCCGCAUGCUGCUGCUCAUCGGGGCCUCAUGGGUCAUCUCGCUGGUCCUGGGCGGCCUCCCCAUCCUGGGCUGGAACUGCCUGGGGCGCCUGGACACCUGCUCCACUGUGCUGCCCCUCUACGCCAAGCAGUACGUGCUGUGCGUGGUGACCAUCUUUUCCGUCAUCCUCUUGGCCAUCGUGGUCUUGUACGUCCGCAUCUACUGUGUGGUCCGCUCCAGCCACGCGGACCUGGCCGGCCCGCAGACGCUGGCGCUGCUCAAGACGGUCACCAUCGUGCUGGGCGUCUUCAUCGUGUGCUGGCUGCCGGCCUUCAGCAUCCUGCUCUUAGACUAUGCCUGCUCCGUCCGCUCCUGCCCCGUCCUCUACAAAGCCCACUACUUCUUUGCCUUUGCCACCCUGAACUCGCUGCUCAACCCUGUCAUCUACACGUGGCGGAGCCGGGACCUGCGGCGGGAGGUGCUGCGGCCCCUGCAGUGCUGGCGGAGGGCGGCCAGGGCAGCGGGACGGCGGGACAGGACCCCCGGCCACCGCCUCCUGCCCCUUCGCAACUCCAGCUCGCUGGAGAGGGGCACGCACAUGCCCACGUCGCCCACGUUCCUGGAGGACAACACGGUGGUCUGAAAGGCAAGGGCCAGGCCGCAGAGCUGCCGACAGAGGGACUGCUGACCUCAGAUAGAGGCUAGGGGCUGCCCAGCAAGAUGCCCCUGCCCUGGGCCUGGGGGCCUGCGGAUGGCCCACAGCCAGGAUGGCCGGUGAGGGCAUGGAGUACCCGGACGCAGGGCUGCCAUACGGUGGUAGAGGCUGGUGUGGGGACCCUUAAAGGGCUGGAUUGUCGGUGGGAGCACUUUACCACCAGGUACAACCAGCUGCGUGUGUGUGCAUGUGUGUGUGUGCACGCGCGUGUACUGGGGAUUGAACCCAGGAUGCUCACACGGAGCUAGGUCUCUCCCUUCUCCUCUCUCCCCUCCUCACUUUGUUCGAUUUUUUGAAAUGGUCUGAGUCAGCAGCCCAGGCUCCCUCCAGCUCUCAGUGAUCCCCGCCUCAGCCUCCCGAGUGCUGAGAUGACAGGCGUGCACCGCCAUCCCCAGCUCUGGCCUGCUUCUUCUUAUUUUUUGAGACAAGGUCUCACCAGGCCACUAAAUUGUCCAGGCUGAGCUUGCACUUGGAAUCCUCCUGCCUCAGCCUCCCUGAGGACUGGGAUUACAGGCAUGUGCACCAAGCUCGGCCCUGGUUUUAACAUUUUUCCGUCUGAACCUCUGCCCUGUGUCCAGCUCCUUUGAGUUUAUCGUCCUGCCACCUUCUGUGGACAACCUUAGGCCGCGUCUUGGAAUCAGUGUCCCUGGAGACUGCAGGCUUCCUCCCCAGCCCUCCAGGCGCAAAUCCACAGCUUCCCCAAAUGUCGCCAGCCACUCCUCUUUCCUCUCAUCUGCCGGGAAAGGAAACCACGAGGUAAAGACAGGAAGGGGGGCUGAGCCCCAUUUCCAUUCUUGAACCUUAUUGGCCAGUUGCACUGCUUGAGACUCAGAAAAGUCACCCAGGGCUGGAAAAGCCAGUUUGGGGGGUGCUGUGGAGGCCCCCAUGGGGCAGGGUGACACAGGAGAAAAUUCAGAGAGAGAUCUGGCCUAUCCUGCCCACUCCCACCCCAAAAGAAGCAGCCUCAAGCUCCUUGGCCCUCGCUUCUCCCCAGUCUGGGACCCCCGGGUCCCCUAAGGCAGGGCAGCCCUGAGCCACUUGGGGCUGGGGUGAGACCUCGCCUGCCGCCUGAAGGACUUCGCUGAAUUCUGUGGAAGGGUCGUUGCGGUACAUAUUUAUGUGUCUGUGCGUGUGUGUGUGUGUGUGUGUGUGUGUGUGUGCCUGUGUGUAUAAAUCCAGGGUGUGUGUGACCUCCCUGCACCCCGAUACCCCUGGAAUGGAUGCCGUCCUGUGUCCCCGGGUCCCUGUCCAUACUGAUGCUGCCUAGGGGUUUUGGGCUCUGCCCACACCCCUUUGGAAGCUCGGGCUCAUCUCACGGGCCGGGAAACUCCUCAAAACAAUAUCUUGUGAAUGCAGAGGCUGGGGGCAGGGGGAUCUGGGGGCCCAGGAGCCAUUCGGGGCCUUGUACCCCUCAAGAGCUCCCCAGAUGCCCCCUAAGCCCAAGCCCAGACCUGAGCCAAUAAACGGUUCAAUUUGUC